CCGCUGCGCGUGCAGUAGCCGGCUGACUGUACGCGCUGAGCGGGAUGGAGGUUUAACAUUCCACUGACUGGUCCUCCCGCUGAUCCACCCCGACCGAAACCUCGCGAAGUUUCCGAGUCGGCCGCUGCGUCUCGGAGAGCAAGGCAGGCACGAGAACAGGCUGCGAGCGGAGGAAGCAGGCAGAGCGCCCGUGUGCGGAGGCGAGUCCAAGAAAGGUGGAGACUCCUGGCUGACUUCCUGCACUGUAAUCUUCAAGAGAAGAGAACUCGGGAGGACUGGACCGCCGCUGGGGGCUCGGACGGAUGGAUGUAAGGCUGGUUUAGCUCGUUUUCGGCGGUAAUUCGACCCACCGACUGGCCGCUCGUGCCUACCUGGACGGCAGCCUACUAGCUGUGAGCAAGAUUCCCAACAUUUGAGUCUGCGGGGCGUUCCGAGAGACAGGAAUGGAGGUCUUAGUGGAGUUUGAAUACGACGCGCUCCACGAUGACGAGCUGACGCUGCGGCCGGGCGACAUCAUCAAGAAUGUGCGGCACACUGACGACGAGGGCUGGAUGGAGGGAGAGCUCAACGGGAGGAGAGGAGUCUUCCCAGACAACUUUGUUAAGGAGCUGAAAAAGGAUCCCAAAGAGGUGAAGGAAGUCAAAAAUGAGCCAAAACAGGAGGCCAGCCAACCUCAGGGGAGGGAGAGGAGCAACGUGGCCAACCUGGCCAAGAGGAUAAGUUUCAUCAACCCCACUGGGGGCUUCCAGCCUAUUCCUCCAGCAGCGUCAAAGAAACCCAAGAAGAGGCAGUGCAAGGUACUAUUUGAUUAUAAGCCGGAAAACGAAGACGAGCUGGAGCUGAAAGUCGGAGACGUCGUAGAGAUCAUUGAAGAGGUUGAGGAGGGCUGGUGGAACGGCAGUUUCAACGGCAAAUCGGGACUGUUUCCGUCCAACUUCGUCCAGGAGCUGGAGGCUGCAGGGGAGGAGGCGGAGACCAGCGACACGCCGGCUGACAAGACUGAUGGAAGUGGAGCAGAAACACUUGCCGGUGUCCCUCCCACAUCUCCUCAGCCCGACUCAGGAAACGGAGCAACCCAGCAGCCCAAAAAGGUCCAAGGUGUUGGCUUCGGAGACAUUUUCAAAGACGGCUCGGUCAAACUAAGACCGCGGUUCAGCCCCGUCGCUGAGGACAGGAAGAGCAAAGACCAGGAGAAAGACAACGCUGGUCCAGCUAAGCCAGUCUCAUCAUUACCAUCAGCUGCAAAGCCUGCUCAUCCCAACAUGACUGACUACCAGAGGGCGGACGUGGACGGCAAACCCAAAGGUUCCACGGCGAAGGAGAGCUGCAAGGUCAAGUUUGCUUACGAGGGCAAGAAUGAGGACGAGCUGACCCUCAAGGAGGGGGAGAUGGUGCACAUAUUGAACAAGGAUACCGGUGAGCCUGGGUGGUGGCGAGGGGAGGUUGGCGGCAGAGAGGGGGUCUUCCCCAACAACUUUGUUGUAGUUGUUGCUGAGGCAGAGAAGGAGGCAGCGCCAUCAAGAGGACCUGUGAAAUUGCCCCCAAAGCCAGGGGCGGAGGAGAGAGGGAAACGACCUCCACCAUUAAAGACACCAGCUCCCAAGCCAGAGCUGCCCAGCGCUGAGAGGAAGCCUCAUCUCAUCAGGCCGGAGGACAGAGCAGACAAGCCCACUCCGAUGCCUAAACCCGGUAAACCUCCUGCACCAAUCCCACCCAAGAAGCCAGACAAGCCCGCCGUUCCCUCGUUAACCCACAAGCAAAAUGGAGAGGUGCCUUCUACACGACCAAAGUCGGAUUUUGAGCCACUAUUGCCAACUAAACCCAAAACGCAGUCAGUAGACUUCGGGGAGAAGCCUUCUGACACGGGAGACCUGAUUGGUUUUGACGAUUUACCAGCGACCAAGCCGCUCAUUUCUGUGACUGCUGACAGACCAAAGCGGAAGGACAGGAGACCCCCUGGCCAGUAUGUCAAAGGACAAUCGCCUACAAAGGAAGGGGGUGCUGAGAAAUCCUUCAAGUUUGAUGAGGAGGAAAGUGCCAAACCCAAACCAACAGAACACAAAAAGCCGCAGCCUUCCAACCACUCUCCGCUACUCCAUCGGGCCUCUGAGUCCAAAGCGAGCUCCGCCUCCGCCUUGGACACCGGCGUCUCGCACAACAGCAAAGUCCAGCUGGAGCCGGAGGAGCAGAGCGCCCAGCAGGAAGAGAUCAAAAGCCAAAUAAAGGACCUGCUGUUGUCUGUGGAGCGGCUCAAAGCUGAGCAAAUGAAAGAGAUAACAGAGCUGCGACGGGAUCUGGACGAGGAGCGACUGAAGCGCGUGGCCCUGCAGAUGGAGGUAGAGAAGCUAAAGCGGGCCUUCCAUUCGACGUGAAGCGUUCUGUCCGAUCAACAGCAAGCCUCAAGCUCAGCUGCCAGUCCGCUGAGCAGCCAGACCGGAGGAAGAGGAGCGUGGCGGCAGAGAUGGACUGGUGGCUGACAGGAUGAAGAGAAGGCGGACAGCCCGACAAACCACCUUUUCAGCAACCUUCAAAAAAACAAACUCUUCCUAUAUUUGUUAUUUGUACAACUUUUUGCACAUAUUUUUUUUCAAGCUAGGUGUAAUUAUGUGACAGUUGUACUGUAUGUUUCUCUCUCUCUCUCUCUCUCUCUUUUUUCUCUUUUUUUGUUUUUGGUUUGUUAAUUUGCCAACACAACAAACGGAGGCCUUACUUCAAACUACUGUGCUGGACGGCUCUGCCUCUCCUGUUCUCGGCUCGUCCCUCCGGCAUUCCUUCGGGGACGAGGUUCGCUCUCAGUACUACUGACUCUGUGCAAAGAAGGGGCUGCUUCUCUUCACCUAACUUCCUUCCUCUCACCGUUCUACGAUGCACACAUAGCAGAUUCGUUUUAAGUAGGAUUGAAUGAGAUGUUUGAUUUGAGUUGACAUGUUGGGAUUCAAAUGAUUUCUUUCUUCCACGGUAGCUGCCUCUUUGUGGCUGCAGAGCUUUAGGAUUUUUUUUUUUUUUUUUUUUCCCUUUCUGUCUUUUAUAUGUUUUCUAACAUUUCUAUCCAGGGUAACACUACUGUGCCUGUUUAAAAAACAAACAAAAGUAUAUUAAAUGUUUAUAAUUGGGAUCUGGAAGAUUUGCAGCAUGAUUAUUGUAUAUGUAUAUUUUUAAAUCUAUGGACUUGUCAGAUUCUAUAUUGUGGGCCUUUUACUGUGCUGGUCUCUAUUUUUGUGACACAUUCCCUGGGAAUGUUCUCAAACAUAU